CCACGUAGCAAGUGACUCUCGCGCGCUUGCACGCUGCACAGUACUGGUUCGGCUGGUCCUCGGUGUUUCGCGGCUACAUAUACUUUGACGGGAUAAAGGUUGAGGGGCUCUUUUGGGAAAAAUCGGCCGAUCAGCCGAGGGUUUAUUUUAUCCGCGGAUACCGUACGACAGGGGGUUCUUGGUGCAAUUGUGGCUUUAUUGGUUUGAAUUAAAAACAAAAAAAAAAAAAAAACAAACAAACACAACAAAUAAUAAUCAAAACAAAAUGAGCAUUGUCAAAAUGGACGAGUGUGGCAGAAAACAACAGCAACAAGUGGCGGAGAAAAAUCGGCAGAUGUUUAUGAGUAGGGGGAUGCCGAUUUUUUCCCACCAAGUGCCGAACAAGUCGAUUGAUCUGACGGAUCUGAUCGAGAAACUGCACGAGGCCUUCGACACCGACGACGUUGACAUUGAUUAUGUGCAGGAGCUCAUGUCUGCCUACAGGAGCAAUCCACAGGACUGGAAGAAGUACGCCAAGUUCGAUCGUUACAGGUACACAAGGAACUUGGUAGACGAGGGUAACGGCAGAUUCAACUUGAUAGUGCUGUGCUGGGGCGAGGGUCACGGCUCGGCCAUUCAUGACCACGCGGACGCCCAUUGUGUCAUGAAAAUCCUCCAAGGCGAGCUCUGCGAGACUAAAUAUCAAUGGCCAAAAAAGUAUGUGGACGAUCAAGGCAACGAGUGCACGGAAGAGCUCAAAGAGAUCGACAGACGCAUUUAUAGUUUGAACGAAGUCACCUACAUAAACGAUUCCAUUGGGCUGCAUCGCGUGGAAAAUUUGAGUACCGUCAAUACAGCGGUGUCCCUUCACCUGUACUCGCCACCUUUUUCAAUGUGUUCAGUCUUCAACAAACAAACCGGCCAAAGAUCCAAGAGCCAAGUUACCUUUUGGUCGAAAUACGGAGAACGCCGUAAUAGGGAGAUUCAAGACGCCAGGGAUCCCGAAGACAAUUAAAAAGCUCCAGACUUAUUGUUGUUUAUUCUUUUUUUUUUAUUCAUUCAACGCUAAAACAUUCGAUUUGAGUUUCUGUUCAACACAGCAAAUUGUAAGCAAACAACUUUUGUUCGCAUUGAAGGAAAGAAAAAGAAACACUUUGUACGAAUAACGAUUCAAUGAGCGUUAAAAAAUCACAAGAAAUAUUUUAUUAUUUAAAUAAUUUUGUCUUUACAACAGCAUCUAUGAGUCAGUGUUUUUGUAUGAAAUCGACUUCCUCAAUGAAUUGUAUAAGUAGCUCUUGCUUGAACAUGUUUUUAGUUACAGAUUGAAUUUACGAAUCGUUAAAUUUCCAUCUGGCGAAAUAUUCCCCUUUUAUGGACAAAAAAAAACUAAACGUAAGAUAAACGAAAAAAAAAAAAUUAUUA